AUGGAAAAAUAUCCGCUUGCCACCGAUUAUCUCGGGCAAAACUGGCAAAAUGAUGAGCUAAUGUCUCAGCUCGAAGAGGAAAUCAAAAAAGGAAACGAACAAGUCGCCAUAGAAGAGGCUAUUUACCCGAAAAUGGAGGAGCUCAUGUUUGACGUAACUCUAGUUAAGCUAGGUGUCGCCAAUGUCAAGGAGAAUAAGGAUAUGAUGGAACAGACUAAUGCGAUGAUGCAGCAGUGUAUGUUUCAAAUAACGCGAAUGGAGCAGCUGCUCGAAAACGCCGGUUUGCAGGACAUCCUCUACUACGCAGUGCAGCAAAAGGAGCUGCUGGUCCAGAGCCAAAUGACGUUAUUUGAGGAUCAGGCAGUACUUGAGGAGCAGCAGAAAAUCAUCCUUGAAUCUCGCAACAUUGUUAAAGAAUUUCGUCAAGAACAGGGCUUUAAAGAGGAGGCCGAAAAGAAGCUAGGCGCUGUGGAACACGAACUAGGUCAGCUGGAUCGCCAGUGGGCGAUUUCAAUCACAAGUAUGACUAAUGAUCGUAACCAGAAGAUAGUCAGCAUCAUACAUAUGAGCAACUUGAUUAACGAGUUGCAGUUACAGCUAAAACAAAAGAACUUUAAGAAAAUUGAUUUUGUUGGAAAGGAUUUUGUUUCACCUAGCAAUGCAAAGCUUCGGGCGAGCUCAUCUGGCGUUGCUUCACCAUUUCAGUCAGCGUUGGACUUUAUCAAUGACUUUUUGAUCACGAAGCCCAUAGAGAAGGGCAAUCAAGACGAGGAAAAAGACGAAAGUGAGGAUGACCGGAGUCAGAUAAAGGAGACACCGCUUCGAUCCAUUUUAAUUAAUCGUACGGAAGAGAUAUUUGAUAUCGUCCCUAACGUACCAACGAAGCAAGUUCGAUUUGCUCCCGAUCCAAAGCUUACGCGGAUUGUUGAAGUAAAAUCAGAGGAGAAUGAUUGGCUCUUAGAAUCAGAAGAGGCAGAAGCCCCAAAUGAGGAAUCAGUGGAUCCAUUAAAUGAAGAAUUAGAGGAGUCAUUAGACGAAGAAUUAGAGGAGUCAUUAGAACAAGAAUUUGAGGAACCAAAAGAUGAGGAGGAGUUCGAGGACGAAAUUGAGGUUGAUGAUGAAGAAUUCGAGGAAAAAGAAGAAAAAAACGAUUCAGAGAUAAUGCUGAAUCUAGAGCUGGAAGGGUAUGAAGAGAAAUCUGGAUCAGAUAUCGAGGAACCCGAAUCAGAUGAUAAGGAAUCUGUUAGUGAGGCAUCAGGAGAAGAAACCCCCAAUAACCUGCCAGAAAAUGAAAAUGAUGGAAUGAAACUCAAAGUUAAGGACCAGAAAACGGUUGAAUUGAUAAGUAACAAGUCCUCCCGCCCCGAAAAACCGAAAAUAAUUAGCGUGGAGAUCAUCUCGCCUGCUAAAAACUUCACUUUGAAGGAUAGCGACGAUAUACCUAGUACCUCCACCGGUAUUCGCAAUCGCUGUACUACUAGCCAAUCGUCAAAACAUUUUAUAGAUCUAAACGAAUACGAAGCAACGCCGAAUAAGCGACGCAAAGUGGAUGAGGAAGAGUUUCCAAUGACUCAACCUGUGCCUGAGUUCUUCAAACAGCCAUCUUCCACUUUUGAGAGCAAUGAGGACCAAUCUCUACGAUUCUCCUCUCCCAGUAACGAUAUUAAUGAUGAUUACUUGCUAAAUUUUAGCGAUGAUAAUGAUACAAUUACUGACGGAUCAUACAUAUUAUAA